CCUCUCCAAUCUCUCACGAUCCCCCCAGCGCCGCCGCAGUGCCGGACGUCCUCCACCAUUCCCGCUCAUCUUCUCCGCGCACGGCCUCCGAGCUCACUCCUCUGCCUCGCCGCCCUCCGCUGUACCGCCCCCACGAGCGGGGCGGCUCCCUAAGCUAUCUCCCUCCCUCCGUCGGGUCCGCCGCGCUGGGGCGGGGCCGUGCACCGUGACGGCCGUGCGCGGCGGCGCGGCCUCAUCGGCGACGUCUCCGUGUGCGGCGCCCUAUCCCUCCUCCGCCUCCUCUACUUCCAGGCCUCAGCAGUCCCGGCAUCGAGCCUCGGAAUCACGUCCCCAUGUCGCCUCUCCGGCAGGCGGGCCGCCGCGCCGCCCCCCUCGUUCCGCCGCCGGCAGCCCCGUCCGUGUCUCGUUCCCAGAACCAGCAAUGUCUUCCUCCAUGGGACGAACCAUUCUUCCCUCCCAGUCGCCACCGCUGCCUGCCUCUCCUCUGGGCUGGCGUCAGGGCUCGGAUGAUUUCCACUUCUCUCGAGCAUCAUGAUUUUACGUGGAAGACUAGUAUGGCUUCGAGAUUCAUGCAAACCGAUAUUGUAAAUGCUCUUCGUAAAGGUGAUCGGCAGCGAGCAUCCAUUAUGCUCUCGAAUCUUCAACAAACCAAAGAAGCAUUAACUUCAGAAGAUUUUUCUUAUAUACUGGAGUACUGUGCAGAAGCACCUGAUCCUUUGUUUGUUAUGGAGACAUUGGAGCUCAUGAAUGUGAAGUCCAUAGGUAUUAGUAAAAGCCAUUACAGAUCUGUCACUCGAGCACUCAGCCAAGGAGGGUAUUCAAAGGAGGCACUUAAAUUGCUCACUCUUCUAGGGGAAAAAGAAUGCUCAUACGCUGCUUUGCCGAUUUUCAACAUCUUUUUGAGUGCCUGUAGCACAAAUCUGAAUGAUGCUGAGAGCUGUCUAGAGAUAAUGGAAAACCAUCUUCUUGGGAAGUCUGAAAUAACAUUCUGUGAGCUUCUGAAGGUCGUAGUUUUGCAGAGAAAUUUGUCUGCAGUUCAUGAUUUAUGGAAGGACUGCACUAGGUAUUACAGUCCAAGCAUUGUGACUCAGAGGAAAUUUGUGAAGGCUUUCUCUACACUAGGUGACCUUCAAUCUGCAUAUCGUAUCUUGCAGCGUAUGGUAGUCCUUGCCGGAGAACGCACUGACCAUCUGAGGGUAUCUUCUAAAAGGAGAUGCCAAUCAACAAGAUUAGACAUUCCUGUACCUGCUUUGCAUGAAGUAGAAGAUCUCAAACUUGUAUUGGACUAUGAUCUGACAUCAUCAUCUCAAGGGAAGAUGGGAACUGAAGAAUGCUUGAUUGAUGCUCAGCCGGAGCUGUUACGGGUGGAAACUCAAUCAUCAAAACAUGAGCAAUUGAAGGGUUAUGUGUCAUUUAUUUCUGAUGGUGACAAUCUUGGUGACAAUUCUGAACCAGACAAUGGGAGGAUGCCAAAGACAUUGAGUUCUGCACCCAUUGCAGUGAAGAAUGUUUUGCGAUGGGCUUUCAAUGAUAUCAUACAUGCAUGCGUGUACGUUGACAACUGCCAGUUGUCUGAGCAAUUAUUUCUAGAGAUGCACAAGAUUGGACUGCGACCAUCAAGAUUUACAUAUGAUGGUUUUAUCAAGUGUGUGAUAGCCGGGAAAGGAGUUGCACAUGCCAUCAAAGUGAUCGAAGUGAUGGAUAGAAGAGGUAUCAGGCCUUACGACAGUACACUCGUUGCGCUUUCCGUUGACCAUAGCAAAAGCUUACAGUUGGAUCUGGCUGAGCAUUUCUUGGGAAGAAUUUCAGAUAUACAACCGGAGCAUAUACAUGCUUUUAAUGCUUUGCUUUCUGGUUGUGACAUUAUGAAUGAACCAGAAAGAGCUCUCCGCAUACUAGCGAAAAUGAGGCGCUUGGAUUUGAAGCCACAUAUCUGGACCUAUGAAAUUAUGUUUUCUCUGUUUGGCAAUGUCAAUGUUCCUUAUGAAGAAGGAAAUAUGCUAUCACAUGCUGAUGUUUCCAAAAGGAUAAGCAUAAUUGAGAUGGACAUGUUAAACCAUGAGAUUCGACAUAGUUUUGUGUCUAUGAAGAACUUGAUACGAGCCUUUGGAGCCGAGGGAAUGAUAGAUGAAAUGCUGAGGUACUUGAAUGUUGCUGAGAAUGUUUUAUGGAACAUGGAUCCUUAUCAGAAGAGUGAUCUCUACGGCAUUGUGCUGCAUGCUUUGGUUAAAGCAAAGGAAACACCUAAGGCAAUAAGGACCUUCAAGAUCAUGAGAUCAUGGGGUCUCCCAACCAAUACUGCCAUUUAUAACAUCAUGAUAGAGUGCUGCAAAUUGUUGCCGUGUGUCAAAUCAGCUGGAGCUUUGUUGUCCUUGAUGUUCCGAGAUGGCUGCUGUCCUACGGUUGUGACUUUCACAUCUCUCCUGAAGGUUGUAUUAGCAAAAGAGGAUUUUGAGGGGGCACUGGAUCUGCUGGACUUGUGCAUAACUGAAGGAAUUCAACCUGACAUUGAGAUUUUCAACACAAUACUCUCAGAAGCGAAUGCAAAAGGUAAUAUUCAUGUUGUUGAAUACAUUGUUGAGUGUAUUCACAGAGCAAAGAUUCGACCCGAUGAAUCAACGCUUUGGUACACAUUUUGUGCCUACGUGGACCAAGAAUUGUACAACACCGCCCUCGAGGCAUUGCAAGUCCUCAGUAUGAGAAUGAUAUCCUUGGACGCGAGCAUUCUCAAGGAGAAAGGAGCAGCUUUAGAGGAUCUAAUCCUCAGCGAAGAUCCAGAUGCUGAAUUGAAGAUCAUUAGGACAUUCGAAGCAACCGAAGAAUGCAGCGCCGCAGCCUUACUGAACCUGAGGUGGUGCGUGACGAUGGGUUCCACCAUAUCCUGGUCUCCCGAGGACAAUCUCUGGGCGAGGAGGCUGGCAUCGUCUUACGAUGCUAACAAGAGACCCGUGUCAUGAAAUUUGCGCCGGUAAGUAUCAGUCUUGUUUAAACCGAUCAAGGAGAUUGGUCUACCGGUCUGUUGCGUGCUCUUGAGGCCGGCCAAUUGCUGGUGAUGCAAUUCGUGGCAUCAUUCACGGGCUAGCACCUCCCCCGCAUCCUUCGCCGGGUUUUGACAUGCUCUUGAAGCCAAUAGCAGCUGUCAAGGAUCACUAAUUUUGCAUGAGAGUUGAUGGUGACGAAGAUUGAACCACAUGGCUCACCUCCACUCAAUUCAUUAUUAAUUUUCUCCUCAGAACUGUCUUGCUUCAAAUGAUAAGAAGAUUAUUUUUUCACCAUGCAUAUGUAUGUAUGUAUGUAUUAAUGUAUGAAUGUAUGUAUACAGUGACUUGUGGGAUUGUAAGUCAUCACAGAAUGACAUGGUAGCGAAGGGCACAUUGUAAACUUGGAAGCUCUCAAGUUCUUCUCUCUUGUUUGAGUCGAAAAAAAGGGUGCUUUUUUAGGGA